UGUAUGGGUACACGGACGCUCACGAUGAAUGAAAUAGCAGAGGAAGGGCGCCCGCCGCCGCCGCCUGUCCUCGAGAAGGGCAAUGACCGCCAGGGCGAAUAUACUGAAGUAGAGAGACCAUUGGAACUCUUCGCUUCUCGGGGAGUACAUUGUUUCUUUGGGCCAAAAGUCCUUAUCACACGUUCCGGUUGGUAAUAAGUACGUAUGUCGUUAGCAAUAUAACAUCCGUAGAGUGAG